AUGACGACGAUCGAUUUCGCGCUCUCGGGCUCCGGGUGGGACGCCGUGCGCGAGGUGACGAUUGAGGAUGUGUGCAAGACGGCGCUCGAGCUCGGGUUCAAGCGCGAGAAAGUGGACGCGAAGAAGCCGAUCACGCGCCGAGCGGACGUCGAUGGAUUCUUUCGAAUGUUUUCCGUCAAUUCACUGUCGAACUUCAAGCGCAUAUUCUCGAAAAAUGAAUUGAAGACGCCUAAGAAGGGGGGCGAGGUGUUCGUGGAGGAACGCGAGGCGGACGUCGCGGACGAGGUCACGUGGGAGGUCCCGCCCAUGGAGGAGUACGAGACGCUCUCGAAGAAUUGGGAUAAAGAGCACGUACACAAGUGGCGAAUGUUACCGAAGCCGGGUGGGGCGGUGUGUCGACCGGACGAUUGGUACUCUCUCUACGCCGCCAAGCAGCAAGUUGAAAAGGGGGACGUCGAGGGCGAGAAGCCCAUGUGGGCCUCCCACGGCGGCAUCGCCUACGACGAGCGCGAGCGCUGGGAUUUCUGGAAUAAACUCAAAGGCAUGUCCCAUCAGGACGCGAAGAAGAAAUUCUUAGAGGCCUACGGUCGAGCCAUGCUCCCGGAGCGCGAGAGUCUUAACUUCCGGAAGUACUGA